UAUACGCGGUCCUCUCUCCACUGAAAACUAGAGAGAGAGAGAAAGGGUGAAAACGACACAAAACCCACAACUGAUCGGAGAGAGUGUGGGUGUGGGAGACGGAGAGAGUGGGAAAGCAUUGAGCUGCUGCAAUGGACUUAAUGUCACUGCGCUUCAUCUCCAAUCAAUCUCUGUUCGCCGCCGUCCGAUCCGGCGACUUGGAAUCGCUGAAGCAGAUCAUCCACAAGUUGACAGAAGAGGAGCCGUCUGAUCGAGCUUCGAUCUCGGCUCUGAUGGCCGUGAAGAACGACGCCGACGAAACGGCUCUCUACAUCGCCGCCGAUAAUAACCUCCAUGAGAUCUUCACUUACUUGCUCCAGUUCUGUGAUCUCCAGACUGUUAUGAUUAGGUCCAAGUCCGGCAUGGAUGCCUUCCACGUCGCCGCUAAGCGUGGCCACUUAGGGAUUGUGAAGGAACUUUUGGAUUUGUGGCCUGAGCUUUGCAAGUCAUGUGACUCCACAAACACAAGUCCCCUUUAUUCAGCUGCUGUUCAGGACCAUUUGGAUGUAGUGACUGCCAUCUUAGAUGCAGAUGUCAGCUCAAUAAGGAUAGUAAGGAAAAAUGGAAAAACUUCAUUGCACACGGCUGCUAGGUAUGGCCUUCUUCGUAUGGUAAAAGUUCUUAUAGAGAGAGAUGCUGGCAUUGUUUGCAUCAAAGAUAAGAAGGGCCAAACCGCACUCCAUAUGGCUGUAAAAGGUCAGUGUCCUGAUGUAGUAGAAGAGUUACUGGCAGCUGAUCACUCAAUACUUAAUGAACGUGACAAAAAGGGUAAUACAGCUGUGCAUAUAGCCACAAGGAAAUGCCGACCACAGAUAGUAAGCCUUUUGCUAAGCUAUAGAUCAGUUGAUGUCAACGUCAUCAAUAAUCAGAAAGAAACUGCAAUGGAUUUGGUGGAUAAACUUCAAUAUGGAGAAUCCAAACUGGAAAUUAAGGACGCUCUUGCAGAGUCAGGUGCCAAGCAUGCCAGAUAUGUUGGUCAAGAGGAUGAAACAAUGGAACUGAAAAGGACUGUGAGUGAUAUAAAGCAUGAGGUGCAUUCACAACUCAUACAGAAUGAAAAAACCCAGAGACGAGUUUCCGGCAUUGCCAAAGAGCUAAGGAAACUUCACAGAGAAGCUGUCCAAAACACUACCAAUUCUGUGACAGUUGUUGCCGUUCUUUUUGCCUCCACUGCUUUCCUAGCCAUAUUCAACUUGCCUGGCCAAUAUAUAAUGGUUGGACCCGAAGUAGGGAAAGCUAAGAUAGCUGACAAUGUAGGGUUCCAAGUUUUCUGCCUCUUGAAUGCUACAUCUCUCUUCAUAUCUCUUGCUGUUGUUGUGGUUCAGAUCACUUUGGUGGCCUGGGACACUAGAGCUCAGAAACAGGUUGUUUCAGUGGUUAACAAGCUGAUGUGGGCUGCCUGCAUUAGCACAGGCGCGGCUUUCCUGUCAAUAGCCUUUGUGGUCGUGGGCCAGGGAGGCUCAUGGAUGUCUAUCACCAUAACCCUAAUAGGAACGCCCAUUCUUGUUGGGACUCUUGCUUUCAUGGCCUACUUUGUUUUCCGGCAGCAUUUUGGCAUUUUCGGCAAUGAUUCUCAGAGACGGAUCAGAAGGGCAACUGGAAGCAAAUCUUUCUCAUGGUCUAUGUACUCGGCCAAUAUUUCAGAUUUGGAAGACUAUAAUUCUGACCGUGAGAAGAUCUACGCAUUGUAAAAUUGCCUUUUAACAGAACAGGACCAUGUGGACUACAUGUUGGUGUUUGUUAAGAUGAUGUUGUUGUGUGCGUUCCCUCUGUAAGUAGCGGUGGUUGGUGAUUAGAGUUCGAGUGUUAGGUCCUAGGGGUGCAGUUUUUUUUUUUCCCCAUCUAAUGUAUAGAGAUUUGGUGCGUUUUUCUCUGUUUUAUAAUCCACAAUAAAUGUAUAUUCAUGUGUAUGCAGAUGCUAUUUUGUAGUUUUCAGCUAUUAAGCGUCCCUCAUUUUGCGCUUA